AAAACACUCCUCUUUGCCUUUCCGGGUUGUUGGCGUCUGUCAGGAUCAAAACAGCUGAAGAGAAGCGGAGGGUUUUCCUUUCACUUUUCCUCUCAGGCCGUUUUUAGGAUCUUGUAAACUCUGCACAGCAUGAAGAAGUUCGUCAGUCCUUCUGAGCCGACAUGCUGAGAGGAGUCCGUUAGCUGGCAGCGUCCUAGCCGAGCUGUAAACCCGAGUGUGAGUUGCAAUGCCAGUGUCACUGCAGCAGAAAGUUGGCACAUCCUCCAGCUCAGAGUUUCCCCCAGACUGGGAAGAUGAUGAGCGCAUGGCCUUCUUGUUCUCCGCCUUCAAGGAAAACCGUGAGGUGGACACGACGGACUGGGAUGGGAAAAUGAACUUCUGGUCCCCGCUGAUCGUAGAAAGCUGCCGACGGCGAGGAUCUGUUUGUGUGAGCCUGCAGGAGCUGAAUGAAGGUUUUCGAAGAAAGGGGGCCAUUCCUCUGGGCCUAGGAACAGUCGUUCAGAGUAUGAUCAGGAGUGGGAAAGUGCAGAAGGAGUCGGAUUUCGCUGCUAAUGUAGAUUCUGGCUGGUUGUCUUGGGGUGUCGGGCUGUUGUUGGUGAGACCGCUGAAAUGGACACUGUCGGCUCUGCUGGGCAGCGGGAGAGUUCCACUCGAGGAGACCUUUGUGGUGAUUGAAUUGGUUAAAGAGAAGGCCACCGCAUUGCUGGCUGCGUAUCGGAACUCUCCUUUGGCGGGACAGUCUCUGCUGUCCUUCCAGGAGCUGCGCUCUCUCUCCUCUCACAUCUGCCCGGACGAGACAACUCUGUGCCUGGCUCUGCUGCAGCUGCAGAGGGAGAAACAUGUCACGGUCUCGCUACAUGAGGGGGAAAAGUUGGUGAAGUUCAGUCAGGCAGGACAUGGACGUGUGUCUCCAGUCAGUGAGGUGGAUUUGGGGAUCUAUCAGCUGCACCGCAGUGAGAAGCUGCUGGAGGAGAGAGUGGAGGAAUUGGGCCAGGAAGCAGAAAAAUGUAAAGAACAGGCAAAGGCUCUGCUGAAAGAAGGGAAAAAGUCUCAGGCACUGAGAUGUCUAAAGGGGAGAAAGCGUGUGGAGAGAAAGGCAGACCGUUUGUACGCUCAGCUUGAGACAGUUAAGGGAAUCCUGGACAGGAUAGCAAGCUCACAGACUGACCGCCUGGUGAUGCAGGCAUACCAGGCAGGCGUAGCAGCUCUGAGGAUUUCUCUGAAGGGCGUAACGGUUGAGAGAGCUGAGAACCUGGUUGAUCAGAUUCAGGAGCUCUGUGAUACUCAGGAUGAAGUCAAUCAGACUCUUGCAGGUGGAGCCCUAGACUCAAAUGAAGCAGAUUCAGAGGAGCUGGAGGAGGAGCUGAAGUCUUUAUUAGAAGAGAAUGCUCCAGACACAAGUCUAACACUACCAGAGAUCCCAUCAUACCCUGUCGCAACUAAAGAAACGGCUGUGCUGGGCGACACUUUCUUUCGCUCCCUUCCCUCCGUGCCUGAUACUAGCAUCACCGAUGAGGAGCUGGAGAGGGAGCUCAGCCGAAUCAGGCUGAAUGCAACAUAAAGGACUGAUGUUAGUGUUGAAGUGUUGGCAUGACACAGCACAGAUGAGAACAGAUGGCACAAUAACCACUGGACAGGCUGUCUACAGAGACUGCAGUUUACAGAGAAAGCAAUCAUAUAGCCUACAGUGUAUGUUCUUUUUUUUCUUUGUCAUUAUUCAUGUUUGUAAUGGCAUGUUUGUGGUUUUCUUUUUAAAGAGAGUUUUAAGAGUGGCCUUUAAGUAAAAAUGUAUUAUUCUAAUAAAAAUUAUGAUGCUUAACAGGGUAUAUUCACAGCUGAA